CUUUUUCAAAUCAACGACGUUCAUAAGAUUGUGGAAAAUCAUUCACAGACGAAGGUAUCCAAACUUGAGAAGGGAUAUAAAUUCUAUGAAAAUUACAUCUUUAAUUAUGAAGAUUUCAUUUAAAGUCGACGAAAAUCCUCCUGUCAUCAGCACUUUCUGCUGUUCCUGUGUGGCUGGGAAAGAACUAUGGAACCAUUUGGUUGGCUUGCUGUUUCAGAGUGCACACUAUAGCACGAUGAAACUUAAGACGGUGCCACCCACUAUACCCAGCACAAGCGCUCUACAGACUUGGCACAGGACUCAGGGAAUCCACCCUGAAGCAGUGGAUCAUUUACUCGUGAGGAAGCCAAAAAGUUAUGACUUGUUUUUCUUUAAUAUACACAUGAAUUUGUAUCUUACCUCUAAGAGGUGUUAGACUAGAUGGUUAUUGUUUAUUGCUAAAGGAAUAAUUGACCUAAAAAAACAAUUUAUGCUAUGAUUUACUCACCAACAUGCCAUCCUAGGUGUACAUGUCCUCAUUUUUUCAUCCAAACCCAUUUAGUGAAAAGUGACCUAUUUGUCAGGUAUGGUGACCCAUACCCGAAAUGUGACCUCUGCAUUUAACCCAUCCAGAGAGUCGUGAACACACAUACAUCCGGAGCAGUGGGCAGCUAUCACUGCAGCGCCCGGGGAGCAAGUAGGGGUAAGGUGCCUUGUCGUUACCCACCGGCCUUGAGAAUCGAACUGGCAACCUUUCGGUCACGAGUCUGACUCUCUAACCAUUAGGCCACGACUGCCAUUUAGAGCUUUGUAGUGCCAUUAAGCCCCAGUUCAUGUGUUUAGAGGAUGGCAUGAUGGUGAGUAAAUUAUGGCAUAAAUGUCAUUUUUGGGUCAACUAUUAUUUUAAAGAUUCUGCCAAUGUUUAAUAUUGUGUUUACAUCUUGUAUUUGUUAUAAAUAUACACUAUUAAAAUGUAUGCUGAUGAUGUACAAAUGAAUGAGACAUUGUAGCAAAAUUAUUAUUUAUUGUCACAUGCCUUUCAAUAGUCAUACACAUCUGUAUAAAAUCUGUUAUUAAAGCACAUUUAAAACAACUCAUGUAAUAAAAUAUGUACUUAUAAAUGUACAUUCAUUACAAAAGCAAAUUUUGCAACAUCAAAUGCAACUUUUCACAUUUCAUUUUUUGGUACCAUUUAAACUGUAAACUUAGUACAUUUAAAAAAAAACUGAGUAAAGAAAUAACACGUUUGAUUGGUGGUACUGUCACAACUCUGCCUUAUCUUGUCAUGGUUUUCUUGGUCUUGUGGCAGAGUCGUGACAAAGCCUUUGGUUUAGUGUGAGAAAGCCAUGGGGUGUUUAUCUUUUUGACAUUCCAUGUGUUUUCUCGUGUCUUGUCCUUGGCCCCGCCCCUCUCGUUUCCUGUAUUGUUUCCCGGCCGUGUUUCAUUACCCUCACCUGCCCUGUGUUAUUAUCCCUCGUUUGUGUUCCCUUUAAAUAGUCCUCAUGUUUCAUUGUCUUGUUGCUCGUCCGUUGUAUUCAUUGUACGUGUUCUUGUACCCUGUUCGUGCUUGCUGUUCUUACCCAGUCUCGUGCCUUGUUCCUGUUUCUGCUCCUGCUCCCCGUCUAGUGUUUGUAUUCGUUGUUUAUAUUAUUCUUAUUAUUUUGACCUUGUUUUGUCUUGCCCCCUCGUGGGAAGUUUUUGUUUUAUUGUAUUGGCCUCUGUUUAGUUUUUUCCCCUCGUGGGUGUUUCAUUUGUUAUUAAAGUUUUGUUUGUUAACCCCUUCAUCACUGCCUGCCUGCAAUUGGGUUCUUCUCCACGUGUGACCGUGACAGAACGGACGAGCCAAUCUACGAACCCAGCAGGUAUGGAUGGUUCCCUGCGAGCCCGCCAGACCCGUUUAUUGGCCGGACUUUGCCAAGGGGAUCGGGGGGUACGGGAGUUUGCCCGCACCUUCCUGGAUGCGGCGGCAGAGACGGGGUUCGGUAAGAAGGAACUUACCGUAAUUUUCAAUGGCUGUCUCACCGAACCCCUCAAGCCCAGUGAGAUGAGGAUGCUGAGUUCCCUGUACUUUGGUGACAUGGUCAGGUACGUGGUCAACCGGGAUGAACCAUGGCCCACUGUGCCAGACUGGGUAUCCCACCCACUGGCUACCGUCCCGGAGGAUUGCGUCCUGGCCACCGUGACCCUGGGGGAUUCAGCUCCUUCCACGGCAAGCGGGCAGAUUUGGCACCUCCUACCGGCCUCCAAGGCAAGAGGCAAAGGAGGGCAUCCUGGGAGAUGUCUGCGGACUCCUCCGGUGCGGAGCUAGUCACACCCCCCGCCGCUACCUCGCAACCGGCUACUGGCCAUGUAGUCCGGUUGAAGAAGAAGCGGCAAUGGAGGGGGGCGCGGGAUCCAGCCCAGCCGGUGCAGCCGGCAUCCCAGCCGGUGUCCACUCCAGUGUCCAGUCCGGUGCAGCCGGUGUCCAGUCCGGUGCAGCCGGUGUCCAGUCCAGUGUCCAGUCUGAUGUCCAGUGCAGCCGGUGAUCCAACCGGCGUCCCAGCCGGUGAUCCAACCGGCGCCCAGUCCGGUGCAGCCGGCGUCCAGUCCGGUGUCCAGUCUGGGAUCCUGCCCAAUGUCCAGUCAUGCGCCCAGCCCCAUGCAGCAGGGAUCCAGCCCGGUGCAGCCGGGGUCAAGUCCGGAAUCCAGCCCGGUGCAACCGGCGUCCAGUCCGGUGCAACCGGCGUCCCCGCCAGCGUUCCAGCCGGUGCAGCAGCCGGUCUUCCAGCCGGCCUUCCAGCCGGCGUCAAGCCCUGUCCAGCCGGCCGACAACCAAGUCGGCCACAACCAAGCCUCUGGGGACUCCACCCACGCGAGCGCCCCCAGGGGCUAAGACUAUUCCCCCAUGUCCCAACCCCUUUGGACUCCCCCCUUUGGACUUCCCCUUAUGAACCCUUGUCUUGUCCCACCCCCCUCCCAUGUUUAUUAUUUUUGAUGUCCUACCCUAAUCCUGUUGUUGUCCUGUCAUGCUUGCCCUUGAUUUUGUUUUCAUUGUUUUGCCUUGUUUUGUCUGUCACCCAGUCGGUCUUGUCUUGUAAGUAUACCCCUUGCUCAUUAAAGGGGGGUCUUCUGUCACGACUCUGCCUUAUCUUGUCAUGGUUUUCUUGGUCUUGUGGCAGAGUGUUCUUGUACCCUGUUCUUGCUUGCUGUUCUUACCCAGUCUCUUGCCUUGUUCCUGUUGCUGCUCCUGCUCCCCGUCUAGUGUUUGUAUUUGUUGUUUAUAUUAUUCUUAUUAUUUAGACCUUGUUUUGUCUUGCCCCCUCGUGGGAAGUUUUGGUUUUAUUGUAUUGGCC